AUGUCGGCAAUUGCGCCACCGUUGCCGGAACGUGUGGGCUAUGGAGUGGUUAUUGGUGUUGGACGUGCCUUCGCGACUGCACUGACACAUCCCGAAAUCAACUCAAUCGGCGGCCUAUAUGAUCUCGUCAUCGGAGCUCAAUCACAACAUGUUGUAGAUGGCAACUAUGAAGGAUCCCUUCUCACCAUGACAUCUCAACAAGGUAUCUUCUUCACCAUCAUUCUUCUAGUCUCGAACUUUGGCACAGUAAUAAUGGAUACUGGAAACUUUGUCAAAGCCUUUGCUGCUUCCCCAUUAAGUGUUGUUCCAGGAUACGUCGUCGGCGGGAUAGGCUACCUUAGUGUUCCGUGGGCAUUAGGAACUGUAAUGAGCAUGGCUGCUCUGGGUCUAGAACAUACGAAAGCUUUCCCUACCUACCCACGAAUGAUGACAGAUAGCGAAGUCACGAAUGGAUUGGUGCUACCAUAUGCCGCUAUGGCUGUCGCGGGAAAGGGUGGUGCAGUGACUACAUUACUAAUGACCUUUAUGGCUGUUAUUUCUACACUAUCCGCUCAAGUUAUUGCAGUAUCAUCUAUUGUUGCAUUUGGCGUAAUCGAACAUACUGGAACAAAGAUGCAAUUGAUUAAUUAUGCAGGAGUCGUCACCUGCCCGGGAAUAUUUCCUUUAAUUUUGACCAUUUUAUGGAAAGGACAAAGUCAAUAUGCAGUCAUUAUAUCGGCCUACCUUGGACUUAUCACUGGUCUUGCUGUGUGCCUUGGAACAGCAUACAAGUUCUACGGAGAGGUAACUGUCAUCUCAACUGGUGAGACACUGCCGUUUAUGUAUGGGACUAUAGCCUCUGCACUAAGCCCGCUUCUAUGCACAGUUGUCAUUACGGCCAUUAAACCGGAGAAUUUCGAUUGGUUCGAGCUGAAAGCGAAAGGUUUGACAAUCAAGCCGGAAUAUGAUCAUGAUGUGAGUGUGCGUACUACUAAGGUAGUUGCAGAAGAGCCUGAAGCACAGAGGACUUCAGAAAGCCCCGAGGUGAUAUAG